CCAUGAAGGACCCCAGCCCCCCCCCCCGCUAUCCGUAGUAACGACGGGGGGUGGUCCGCGUAGGGCGCGAGCGGCAGUCGUUAGCCGUAGGGUUUCUCCUGUAGUUGGCCGGAGGACAAGAAGGGACAGCGUGUGGAGGUUUCUGCUUCCCUUCCCCGCUGAUAUAUCGGCCAUGAAGCAGAUUGCACGGAUCGGGAAGAGGUCGGGAAGUUUGGCGGCCCUCGGAGCCCAAUGCGUUUGGUAGCGGCUCGGUCUCCGAUCGCAUUCAACACCCUCCCGAGGGUGCCGAAGUACCUGUGAUUACUCAACAGCUGCUCCUCUCUUUCAAGACGGGGUUGGGGGGAAGAAUUCGAUCAUCUCCUCUAUUCCCAUCUCCAAAAUGGAUAGUAAAUCGUUUGCAAUCGUCCUGGAUGAAAUACGAAAGGGGGUUCUGACUGAUCAUAAAUUAAAGGCAAUUGAAUAUGUGCAUGGAUAUUUUUCAAGUGAACAGGUGGUUGAAUUACUGAAGUAUUUUUCUUGGGCAGAACCUCAACUAAAAGCUCUUAAAGCUUUACAGCAUAAAAUGGUAGCCAUCCAUGUAUCUAAAGUAAUAAAUAUCCUUCAUUGCCUCACUUUCACUAAAGAUAAGCUUGUCGCCUUAGAUCUAAUAGCCUUGAAUAUCAUUGAUCCUCACAAUUAUCGACUAAUUGAAGAUAUUUUCCGGGUACACCUGCCAGAAAAGAAACGCUGCAAAAGAAUUCUUGAUCAGGCUUCUAAAGCUGGCUGUAAGGCUCCUCUUGCAAUAAGGUCUUCAUGUGGAAUGAUUCCAGGAAACCCCUAUCCUAAAGGGAAACCCAGUGCGUUGAAUGGAUUGUUAGCAGCACUUUCCGUAAAGAAAGAAAAUGAAGAUGGUUAUAAUGUUGGCCGAGGGAUAGCAACCUGUAUUCUAGGACCUUCUAAGCCAGCUCCAGCAACAUACAAUCCUCAUAAGCCUGUUCCUUACCCUAUACCUCCUUGCCAACCACAUGCAACUAUUGCACCAAGUGCAUACAACACAGCUGGCCUUGUCCCAAUGGGCAGUUUCAUAGCUCCAGUUGUAGCACCAGCCGCCUAUGCUCCUCAACAAGCUUUUUCCAGACCAGCCAAUCAACUAAACUAUAACUCCUCUGCUGCCAACUUGCAUGCGACUGUGUUCUCACCGCUUGGUUCCUACCCGUCUGCACCUGCAACACCUGUUGCAACACCUACAUUUGUCCAGUCGCCUGCAAAUCAGCUAGUUUUUGCUUCAGCACCAGUAACACCAGCCUUUCCAAGGCUUGGUACAUCCACCUCGAUACCUUCAGUUUUUGCAGGUGUUCCUCAAUCCAGUGGCUCUUCUGCCCCACCUCCAUAUCCUGAAUGCCAGGAUACUACAACUGUAAUAUCAGCAGCACCACAGAUGUCUCAGGCUCAUGGUGAAGUAAGAUCAGGAAGUGCUGGCACACCAACUCAUAGUUCAACUACCACAGGGUUAACCUCCAGCUAUACCAACACAAACUGUAGUCCUGGUGUGGUGCCACAAACUGGUUCAUCCUCAGGUUUUCAGACAAGUGAAAAUUCCAAUACAUCUCCACCGAUGAGCAACUCAUUCCCAAAUCUUCUAUCCUUCGCAGGAAUGUCUAUAUUUUUCCAGAAUCAGACUUUAUCUCCUGCAUCCCUGUCUGCGCUCCAAGCUGGAAUGACUGUUGCAAAUUUAUCUGGUCUUCAGUCAAUUGCAACUGCAGCAACGUUGGCAGGAAUGCAUUCCUCUGGGAAUACUACAUCCCUGUCUCCAGUCCAGAAUGGUGUGAUGGCAGCUACGAUGCCUGGACUUCAGUCUGCUGUUUCUGUUGCUGGACUCCAGUCUAGUGCGGAUGUUACCUCUCUUCAUGGGCUCCAAACUACUGUGUCGCUAGGUGGACACCAACCUAAUGGAAAUUCAACGUCUCUUGCUGGACUGCAGCCUACAGUAUCUCUUGCUGGGUUGCAAUCUGCUGCAGCAUCUCCAAUUGGAAUGCAAUCUGCUGCAGCAUCUCCAGCUGCACUGCGAUCUACUGCAGCAUCGCCAGCUGCACUGCAAGCUGCUGCCUCUCUCGCUGGUCUACAUGCUGUUGCCACCUCUCUUGCUGGACUGCAAUCUGCUGCUGCCUCCCACACUGGACUCCAUCCUGCUCCUACAUCUGUUUCUGAGCUUCAGUCAGUUCCUGCCUCCCCCUCUGAACUCCAGCAUUCAGUUUCCUCUCUCCCUGGGCUUCAGCCUGCUGCUGUCACUCUCCCCAGGUUGCAGUCAUCUACAUCUUUCUCUGGACUUGAUUCUAUUGUGGUUGCUGCCUCAUUACCUGGAUUGCAACCUACUACAACUGCUGUCACCCUUCCCAGUCUCCAAGCUGCUGUGGCUGCCUCCUCUCUGCCUGGCCUUGAGUCGGCAAUGGCUGCUGCUUCUCUUCCUGUUUUGCAGUCUGCUUUGGGUGCUGCUUCUUUACCUGGACUUCAGCCUCUAGGUGCUGGAUCUUUACCAGGAAUUCAGUCUGUCGUAGGUUCCCCUGCGCUUUCUGUUAUCCAGUCCACCAUGGGUGCUACUUCAUUUUCUGAUCUCCAGUCCACUGUAGGCACCACUUCUAUCCCUAAUGUACAGUCUGGUGUGAGCAUGGUGUCACCUACAGGCCUACAGUCUAAUGUGGAUGCUGUACCUCUGCCAGGAUUUCAGACAACUAUGGGUGCUGCAACUCUUCCUGGAUUGCAAUCUGCUGCACCCUCUGCUAUACUGCAGUCACACUCAGCUGCAACUCUGGAGAACUUUCCACCUCAGGGCAACAGUGAUUUUGGAUGCUACCCAUCAGGACCAGGAACUCCAUAUUCCCUCCCACCUGGCUUAUCUUCUCAAUUAGGGUGGCAGUAGAUAAUGGACCUGCUUUCAAAUACCCCCUAAUAUUCAGAUGUAAAGCUGAUGUUUGCUGAAUUUAUCCAGCUCUUUGAUUAGGCAUAUAGUAUAUUUAGCAGUUUAUGUCGAUGAAUCUUGAUGGUAUUUUUUUCUAAUAGAAUAUAACUGAACAUAAUUUUUAAAAAAAGGGCAAGGAAUGAAAUAGAAACGAUGUCUUAAGUUUGAAUUGCUUCUUAUUAGUUGCAAUAUCUGUAAGCUGUUGAGACUUGCUAAAUACUAUUUUUCAUUCAAGUAUAUGGAACAUGAGAGAAACAUUACAAAGGAACAGUCGUGUAGUGAUUAAGUUACUGAACUAGUAAUCCAGAGACUGGACUAAUGAAUUGAAGACACUGGUCGAAAUCCCAGAAGAUGGGGAAUUUAAAUUUUGGUAGCUGAAUCAACGUGGGAUUUACAAAAAAACGUACCUGUAGUAGUGACCAUAUUACCACUGGAUUAUUGGUAAAGACCCAUAUAAUUGUCCUUUGGGGAAGGAAAUCAGCUGCCUUACUUGGUCAGGAUUGUGUGUGACUUUAGACUCCCAGAAAUAUGAAUGAUUCUUAACUGUCGUCUGAAAUGGCAAAGCAAGCUAUUCAGUUGUCAAGGAGGUCAAUUUUCUGCAAACAGUUCAUUAUUAUAUUUGUUUGAACAUUUUAUCAUAAAGCUAGCCGUCUUAUGCUGCUAUUUUGUUGCAAACACCAGCAGUAUUUUCCACUAACCCCCCCUCCCCGAUCUUACUGUCAAGCCAAAAAGAUGUUCUGUGGACUACACACAUGAACAAUGUGGUUUUUGAGUCAUUACCAUUGUCAUGACAAAUAUGUAGGCAGGUAGUCUGGCCCAACAACUGCCAGACCACAUAAAACAACCUCUCCCUUUGACCAUCAGCAGGCAGAAUCUGAUCACACUCGUAAAUCUGUGUUACAUGGUAUUCAACAUUAGAUUUGAUUUGUUAAAUUAUUCUGACCACUAAGAAUUACAUUGGAAACCAAUUUAAAGUUAUCCGUCUGGCUCGCAGUAAUUCAAUUUCGCGUGCUAGAAGCUACAUUUAUUCAUGCACAGGGCUCUGUUCUUUGUAGGAAAAAUAUGUUCCAGGAAUGUUUUUUUUAAACUGAGUAAAGGCUUACAGAAACAGCUAAUUCCCUUUGCAUUCCCAUGGCAAUGCUCUGACCAAACAGUUGAUGUAUCUGGUUUAAACCUGAUCACUGCAAAGCAGCAGAACAUCAAAAAUGGGAAUACUUUGAUGCUUGAAAAAUAAGAAUGUGAUAGUGUAUAUCUUUUUGGAAAUUGGUAAUUUUUCCAGUGAUUAAAUAUUUUAUUUUUGAAUAUUGUGGAGGCAGUUACCAAUCCAGUACACUGUGGUUUCUGGAAUUACAAAACACUUUCAGGGUUUUAAUCUAAUUCUUGCAUUAAGAUGUCGAAGACCUUUUCACAACUGGGGAAGCCCAAAACAAAUGGUCAUAAGUAUAAGUUAGUAGCUAAUAAAUCCAGUUUAGGGAAAUGUUCUUUACCCACAAAAUAUUUAGAAUUUGGAACUUGAAAACCUGCUGAAUAAUUGAGAUGAAUAAUAUAAAUGCUUUUAAGUUGAAAGUAACUAAGUACACGAGGAAGGGAGAAAUCGAAGAAUGUGUUGAGCAUAAACAGCGCAGCUCAAUUGCACCAAUUGGUAAGAAAGAAUUUAAAUAAAAUAAAAAUAAAACUACUGUAACAAGAAAGAAGACAAGUGAUGUAUCCAGCACAAAUUUACAUCUUUGAAGUGUUUGAUGUAGACUUGUGCUUUCAUCCUUAUUUUAACUAUUCCACAUGUUAAGUGUUCUGUACCAUCAUGCUGGAAACAAAUAAAAACAGUUUGGGGGAAGCACGACUACUUUCAGAAAGAGCGAUAGUAGGAACUGCAGAUGCUGGAGAAUCCGAGACAACAAGGUGCUAGCUCUACUUUCAGAAGGAAAUAACCCUGGAUUUGUUGCUACUACAAGUAAUGUAAUAUUUUAUUCCACUUGAUUUCAAAGGAAAUUAUAUACAGCGAUAGAUAUAUCCUUAAAAUAGUCCUAUCCUUGAAUUUCUUCUUAAAAAGAAAAGCAUUUUCUUUUUUAAAAGUUAUGCAUGAUAACCUUUUGGUUGAAUACUGAAGCCUAAGGCUACUGGAGGACAGUAUUGUUAAGCAUAAUGUGAAUUUGCUGACAUGCUAAUCAAAGAGUUGGUACAAUGCACACAUCUUGCUAAUGAAGUUUUAGUUACUGUGAGUCUUGGUUCUGUUGCAAAUUCUCUAUUUCCUGUUUGUGUUUAGAAUUGUAUACGUUGAACUUUUUAUUUGUUAUUUAGAUGCAACUACUAAGAGGCUUCAGUGGCAACAUGUUUGAAAUUAUACAUAUUUCUAGCAGUAGAGUUUUGUGUAGACAAUUUAAAAUCGAUCUAAUCAAGCUGUAUUGAAUUAUAAUUUAACAAUAUUGUCUUUUGACACUUGUUGGUAUGAUGGAGUAUCAACUUUAAAAGAUAUUUUUUAAAGUACAAGCUGUAAAGCUUAUAGGAAAUAAAAUGCAUUCAUGACAUUCUUUCUAAAAUAAUAUUAGAGGUCGCUAAAACCUAUGAUCAAACUGGCACUUUCAGAAAACAUUAGUUCGGUAUCAUUAAUACAUUUUAUAAUGUGAGUCAACAAGAUGAACUUCAUUAGUAUAAAGACUUGUAGGAUAAAAUUAAUCUUAUUCUGAGUACAGUACAUACAAGUUACUUGAACUUCAUUUUUGUUUUUAUUUGUCUAAUACAUUAUUUCAACACACUUGUCAGAGCAUGCUUUUUUAAAUAAUUUUAUACCUUCCAUCCCUGAGUAUUCUUUGUACUUUUGAUGCCAUUUACAUGUUCUUCAUUUAUAAAUAUAUUUCUACAGUAACCUAAGCCUGAUAUGUCACUGUCCAUUUCUUAGAAACAGAAAUAAGUACAUAACGAAAGUCAGGAAUAAGAAAUGGCCAUGUCGAAUUGAAGGCACAGUUGUAGCAUCUAGAAGCAUUUUGAAUGCACCUAAAAGUAUUUUGUCUGCUCUCUUUUCUGGCAGUUUAUUCUAAGUGUUUAUCUUUUCAGUAAGAACUUCAUGAUAGUUUUGAGUUUCCAACAAAUUUAAAUGUAUUUCAACUGGUGCAAUUUUCCUGGCAUUAUAUGAAAUAUUCUGGAUUAAAUGUAUGUAAAUCGUUCAAAUGUUUUAUAUAGGUUCCCCCAUCCCAGCAAACUUUUAUUUACUUCAAUCUAGAAAGUUGCACUUCUCAUCCUAAACAUAGCUCAUUUUUCUUACAACUGGAGGAAUUUUGCUGUAAUCUGCAGCUUCACUAAUGCAUGAAGCAAUUUUAGCGAUGCCCCAAAUUGAAGAUGGUGUAUAUUGUAUAUUGUUUGUACAGCAUUGUUCAGCCUUGAGUCAGGGUCAUAGUCUAAGGAUAUGGGAUAGGCCAUUUAGGAGUGAGGAGAAAUUUUUUCAUUGAGUGGUGCAUUCUCUGCCACAGAAAACAGUUGAAAUCAAACCAUUGAAUGUUUUCAAGAAGGAGGUUGAUAUAAUUCUUAGCGCUAUCAAAGGGUGUGGGCUGAAAGUGGGAACAAGUUACUGAAUAGGAUGAUCAGCCAUGAUUAUAGGGAAUGGCAGACCAGGAUCAAAAGGGCAUAUGGCCUAUUCCCGUUCCUGUUUCUACGUUUCUCUCUUGUUUCUUAACGUAACCCCCAGAAGGAUUAUUUCAUUGUUCUUAAUAUUAGUUCAAGUACUGUAGUGGGGAGACCAAGGGAAAGAAGUAAUUAGAAUUGGAGGAUGCUCACGUGAGGUGUGGAUCAGCUAGGAUGAAUUGUCUGUUUCUGUGUUGUAGAUUGUAUAUAUUCAGUUUGUUAUUUUUAAAAAAAUGGUUUCUCAAUAUUUUGUAUGUAAUUACUGAUAGAAAGUAGCAAAUGCUAAAGGGGACAAGGUACUGUGUAGUUCCAAGUUGUUUGUGUGUAGAGAAAUCAGAAAAACAUUAACUCUGAUUUCUGCCCACAGAUACUGCCAGACCUACUGAGCUUUUCCAGCAAUUCCUGUUUUUGUUUGAUUUCCAGCAUCCACAAUUCUUUUGGGUUUUUUCAUGUGUGUGUUUAUGUAUAUACCAUCAACAAGGAGCCAUGUGUUGAAUAGUAAUUAACUGAAACCUUCUGUUAUGUAUGUAUGGUCCUUUUUUUAAGUAGAACUGUUUUUAGUGAGAUAAGAACAAUGCCUUAAAAUAACAAUUUGAUCAUGUAUUGUUAUGUUAACAUUUUGAAUUAAAAUUAAAAUAGAAUUACAA